GUGUAGCGUGAGACUUCGUCGCAGCGGGCUAUUGUGGUCUCCGCUUUUCAUAAAAACAUUUUAAAUGUACGUGUCAUUUGGUUCAGAGUACUUGCAAGGUUGAACUGUUAUGUUCUUUUCGAGUCUUUUCAUCGUCUUAAAACAGUAACGAAAUCAUGGAAAAGGCAUUCAGUGGAUCGCAUCCAGGGAGCACUGCAAGUAAACGCAACUCAUCAGUUGAUCGGGGGAAUCCCACACGGAGCCUGGGGAGAAGCGGCUCUCACUGUCCGGGAGCAAGAGCAGCUACGCGAGUGAGCGGGAGCGGUGGGUCAGUGUCGGGAGGCACUUGUGGUAACGCUUCUCAAUCCCAAAAGCGACAUCUGGAAGGGACCUUGAAUAAAUACACGAAUUUACUUCAAGGCUGGCAAAACAGGUACUUUGUGCUGGAUCCUGAACUUGGCCAGUUGCAGUAUUUCAUUAAUGAAAACAGCAAGAACCAGAAACCCAGAGGCUCUUUGCCUUUGAUUGGGGCCUUGGUUGCACCUAGUGACGAAUUACCGUUCAUGUUUACCAUCUACGCCGCUAACGGAGAGCACUUUAAGCUCAGAGCAUCUGACACACGGGAACAACAGUUAUGGAUGACCCAGCUACAGCUCUGUGCCCGGCGCCACUCUGACACAAGUGCCAAGGGCCGUUCUUCAUCCUCUACCUCCUCAUCCUCCUCCUCCUCCUCCUCCGCGGCCGGCCGGACUCGCAGCUUCUCCCUGCACCCAUACCCCGCCCCACCCACAGCCUCCACCUACUCUUCCUCUUCCUGCUCACCCGCUGGCCAGAGACAGGCCCCCAACCCCGGGGGUCCCGGCUCCAUCAUCACCAUCACCCACCACAAGUCCCCCACCGCUGCCAGCCGCACCAGGACUCAGCAGCCUGCGCGUCUGCACCAGGUCAAAGAGGUGAUGUCGCAAGCUGAAGGCCAACAAAAGAACCUGGUCCACUCUAUUGAGUCUCUGCCGAGUCGCGGACCAUUGUCCUCCCUGGACCAAGACCUGCUGCUGCUGAAGGCCACGUCUGCAGCCACACUCAGCUGCCUGGGAGAGUGCUUCAGCAUCCUGCAGCACAAUGUCACCCAAGCUGCCCAGAACAUCGCUCAGAGUCAGUCUCAGCCUGCACAGAACCACACACACAGCCUGCCCACAGACAACAUCUCUGGCUGGUCACGGCCCAAGCCGCCUGCAGUGGAGCAGGUGAAGAACGGAGGACUGACCGCCUUGUCCAACUCUACUGGCAAGCAACCAUCCUCCCCCGCACACAGGAACUCAGAGCUGCACAAAGACCCCAAGCAUCCCAGCCCAGAGGCAGUGGAUCCUACGGAGGAGACCACGGACACAGAGGACAAUGAAGAGGAAGACUUGGGUGUACUGGACGACCAGCGAAGCAUCAUCCUUCAUUUGCUUUCUCAGCUCAAACUGGGCAUGGACCUCACACGGGUGGUCUUGCCUACAUUCAUUCUGGAGAAGCGGUCUCUGUUGGAGAUGUAUGCUAAUUUCAUGGCUCAUCCAGACAUGUUCUUGGCUAUUACAACAGGAGCAACCCCGGAGGAACGCAUAGUGCGUUUUGUGGAAUAUUAUUUGACUGCUUUCCAUGAGGGACGUAAAGGAGCGGUAGCAAAAAAACCCUACAACCCCAUCCUCGGUGAGACUUUCCACUGCACCUGGGAUGUUCCCCGAGAAUGCGUACGGCCCCUCAGGUCAAACAGCUCUGCCCAGGCCGCUACCACCGGCCCUGCUCCCACGACCAGCGAACUGGGACGCACGGCGGACGCGGGCGACUGCUACCGUCUUCGCUUUGUGGCCGAGCAGGUCUCCCAUCAUCCUCCAGUGUCUGCAUUUUACUGUGAAUGCAAGGAACACGGCAUGUCUGUCAAUACUCACGUUUGGACCAAGAGCAAGUUCAUGGGAAUGUCCAUUGGAGUGUCAAUGGUCGGAGAAGGGGUCCUCCACCUCCUGGAGCAUAAUGAGGAGUACUUGUUUACUCUGCCCUGUGCUUAUGCCCGCUCCAUCCUCACUGUGCCCUGGGUGGAGCUUGGGGGGAAGGUCUCCAUUAGCUGUGUUAAGAGUGGCUACUCAGCCACAGUCACCUUCCACACAAAACCCUUCUAUGGAGGAAAAGUACACAGGGUGACAGCAGAGGUCAAGCACAAUCCGACAGGUACAAUCGUGUGUAAAGCUCAGGGAGAGUGGAAUGGAACUCUGGAGUUCACCUAUAGCAGUGGAGAAACCAAAGUGAUUGACACUUCUAAACUGCCAGUAAUUAAAAAGAAAAUUCGACCAGUAGAAAAACAAGGCCCAUUUGAGUCAAGGCGACUGUGGCAGCAUGUGACCUCGGCACUGAAAACAGGGAACAUGGACACCGCCACAGAGCACAAGCACCAGCUGGAGGAACGCCAGCGCAGCGAGGAGAGGCAAAGAGCUGCCACCAACACACCCUGGAAACCCAAGUACUUCAUCAAAGAGGGGGAAGGCUGGGUGUACCACAAUCCUCUGUGGAAGACUCACUGAUGUUGUUCAAACGGAGGAACAUUCCAGCUGUCCGUCACAGAGCCCAGCCAAAAGAUGGGCGUGGCCAUACAAGAAAAGGGCUGGCCAAUGAUCGGGACAAGAGGAACAAGACUGCAAAGGACAAGAAAGAGGGUCAAAUAAUUUUCUGAUACAUUUCUUGAAAGUGACCAGUGCCAAACUACAUAUUGUACACCGGAAUGGGGGAGCUAGGCAGCUACCCAGAGACCUGCUGUGGUCUUGUAGAUGCUUGUAAGGAUAGGCAGAUGUGGAUGAAAAUGGCCAAACAUAACAUUUUAGUAUAACAUCUGUGAAUCUAGAUUAGUCUUUGAAGUUUUUUUUUUUUUUUCCACUCACAGAUACGACACACUGAUGUCACAGGUUCUUUACAUUAAUCGCCAAUACAUCAGAUAAUGAAAGCUUAGAGGAGACAAAUGACAUUAAAGACAGCGAAUCGUUAAAACACUACGUACCAGGUACCAUUCAGCCGGAUAAACUUGUUUGCAGUUGCCAAUAGAACACUGGUUUUUUAUGCUUUCUGUACCAGUUUCUCUGGAACUGGCCAAGGUAAGGAUAGCAUAAUAAAGAAUAAGGAUAAGAGUAAAAAGAGAGAUAAAGGUGUACACUACAAGGUGUUUAAAUGUAGAAACUGUAAAACCCAUCAGAACAGAGUCCCUGGUGAUAAUGUGGAGGUCACGCAGAGGCUCUGCUCUGAAACUAAAACCUUCACUUCUUUAGUGAGCAAAAGGAGAGACAGAUCAGAUGACGACAGUGGAAAUGUCAGCAAAGGAAAGAAAAACAGACACUUUUCUCAAGUCUCUACUUUUAGACCUUACAGUAAGUGUAUCUGUAAUUCUGGAACAAACCAGAUCUUUGUGUGAAUGGCAAAUGUUUUGGAAUAACGUCACAUAUUACAUUAUGUAAUUAAACUCUGGAGAGAGUGACGCAGUAGUUAUACAAAAGCCAUCUUGUGAAAGAAACCCCCGGCUGAGGAGAAGGGAAGGCAGACGACUGAGAAAACUUUUGGUUUUGUCGUGUUGUUACUGAGCGAUUGUGCCAUUAUAUAAUUUGAGACUGAUAAGAUUAAAUUGGUGAAUACCUCAGUAAUGAAUAAUGGUUUCCUGACUCUUUGAAUUCCUCAUUGGUUUCUGGAGUAUGUCAGUUAGAUGAAGUCUCCUCCAGGGAUGGUUUUUAACUUUGAAGUGAGUAGUGGCCAACAAGGAGGAUAAAAGAGUGAUUUAGAUUAAAGGAUCAUUUGAGGUUUUUUUUUUUCUUUCAUACAAAUAUGUAGUGAGCAUGUAUGCAUGGAUUUUUUCUCACCCAGAAUUUUCCCACAUCAGCUUUUUUUUUAUAAACACAUAAAGAAAGCAACACACACAGUACUUAUUAAGCCCAGGAAUUUGAAUGUGAAACUUUUCCGUUCUAAUGGUUGCGAUUUAGGGACUGAAACAGGUUGUCUAAUGUUGUCCUCUUGGUUCUCCCACAGCAGACCUGGUCAAAUCAGCUAAAUUUCCAUGAACUUAUCAAGCAACUCCUGUUGUCAGUUAGAUAAAGUCAAAUAAUAAUGCAAUUAUUAAUGCGUUUGCAACUACAAAACAAAGUUUGUUUAGUAUCUUGUCAUUUCUGGGCACAGGCAUGUAACAAUUUUCGUUUAGUAAGAUGUCUUGAAAGUCAGAUUUUGUUUAUUCUGCAAAUAUUUUUUGAGAGCAUUAAAUCAAAUACGCAGAUUUGCUAUAUUUUGGAAUUAUAGUCAGCUUGUAUUGAUCUGAAUCGUUGUAUUUAUUAUUCUAUUGCUGCAUUCAUAGAAUGUAUAUGGAACAGAUCCAAGCAAAUGUUUUGUUGGGCUGAAUCAAACGGAACAUUUCCUUUUCUUCUGAAAUAAGAUGUCUACCUUUUGAAAAAUAUUUUAAACAAACGCUAAUAACUGAAUUGUAAGCUGUGACCAGUAUUGUGGCAGUUCUUGCGCAACUUGGUCUUUUUUUGUGUUGUUUUGUUUUUUUUUGUUUUUCUGUACAGAUUGUAUUGUUGACCACAGACAUGAACAAGCAGCACUUUUGUUUUGUGGGUUGAUGUGGGAGGUGUUUGUCUGGAUUUAUUCUACACUUAGAAGCACUUUUGCAUGUCUGGAGGAGGAGAGCACAGGAGUGGAAGCAGAAACAGUGGAACGGAGAUCCAAUGUUGCCUAUGUCAUUUCAGUGUUGUGUGAGUGACAUCAGCUUCCUGUGUUUGUGAGUGUAUAUAGGAGGUGUGCACUGAUUGAUAUGUACAGAGAAAGCUAUGAACCAAAAUUGUGUUCCACUCAGUUCACAGACUAUGCAACGAUUAGUUUCAUUGUCUGUGGAUUGGGAGGGAAGCAGGAUUUGAAUUUACGUAUUGGUUUAAAUAAAGAUACCCUGAUGAAAACGC